UAAAUCUCCACGGUCACACAUCACGGUCACAACCUCCCUUUAGAAGCGGGAUCGCGCCUGUGAUAAUGGUGCACGCCCCUUUCACGCUCCAGGCUAGGGCAAGUCAUUCAUUACAGCCUGUACACAGUGAAGAUGGCGAUGUUUGUCUCGCUCCGGUGCGUGUCUGCAAACUUUCCUUCAGUACUGCCUCUAUUUUCGCGAGCGGCCCAAGCGCCUUCGUCCAGACUGUUAUGGAAGGCCUGCAGCCCGCGAACACUUAGCACGGCCUCCCGAUUGUCUGCAGCACUCAAAUUCACAGACAAGCAUGAAUGGGUACGGGUAGAAGGUGGAGUUGGCACAGUUGGCAUCAGUAAUUUUGCUCAGGAAGCAUUAGGGGAUGUGGUAUACUGUGGACUACCUGAAGUUGGAGCAAAACUUGACCAAAUGGAGGAGUUUGGGGCACUGGAAAGUGUGAAGGCCGCUAGUGAGUUAUACUCGCCCCUGACUGGGGAGGUAACAGAAAUCAACCAGGAGCUGGCGGACAACCCUGGCCUGGUCAACAAAUCGUGCUAUGAAAAGGGUUGGCUGAUCAAGAUGACCAUUGACAAACCAGAGGAGGUGGAUGCGCUGAUGGACGAAGCGGCCUACGAGAAGUUUAUCAAAUCGAUUGAUAACUAGGAGCCCUGCUGGAAGUUACGAUAACCACAGUUAGAACUCACGCAAACUAAUCCCACCCGGUUCCGCCGCGAGCUCCUUCGGCUGUGCCACAACGGGAAACUCCCGACGGGACCGCACCGCCGGGACUUUUCCCUAAUCAGAUUUUCAAUGUAUUUAUUUGUGAUUUUUCUUUUUUUUCUUUUUGGUUUAAUCCACAGAGUAAUUGAAAUCGUAACAUCUCGUCUUCUAACGGGUGUCAUAGCGAUGAUUUCUAGAGAUAAAAAAAAUUCCAGCAGAGCUUCAGAUUUCUUUAGGGCAGGUGCCCAUGACAGACCUUGGCCUGGCCUGUGUGCUGUUUCAGACCAAUUUCCUGGUGCUUCUUCAGAGCCGGAGAGUGUAGAGAUGCAGCAGCGUUGAAAAGUGAUUGUUGUAAAUGAAAUGCCUGUUUUAAUAAAAACAACAUUCAGAUGAAGUGCGUGCACUCUUCUGAUGUAUUUGCCUAUGAA